GGAAGGGCUUCAGUGACCGCUUAUGUCUCCUUUGCUUCAAAACCGUUGGCUCAUUUACCCCGCAAACUUUUAUUUAUCUUUUAUUUUUUUGACAUCCUUUUUGUGUGUGUAUGACAUAAGUAAAACUAACCUCACACUUGUCAGUUCGGUCUCAGGAACGAGUGAUGUAAACAGAAAAUGCAAGGUCUGCAAAUCGAAAUGCUGUGAGUUGUGGGUCAGUGAAAAUAUCCGGAAUACGAAAUCAAAUAACCGCGAGAAGACCCACGCAGAGGUUAAUCGAAUUUUCAUUUAGCUUACUGCCUAAUUUUCUCUAUAGAGAAACGGGGCUUUAUUGCUAAAUCGGUAGGAACGAUAUUAUGCAAGGCCAUCAUUCAGUGCAACAUACGUUUCAGAACGUAUAGCCUAUAACCGUCAGAAUGGCAUUAGUUAACAACAGGCGGGCAAUAUACUCGGCGAAAGAUACCAUUAAGAUUCAGAAUAUGAUCUUUGCAUUAGAAGAAUAAGACUGUAGCCUGCAUCGCUUUUGCACUAAGCGCUCCGGUGUAUUCUGGUCAAGUGCUGGGAGUUGCAUUGCAGGGGUGGGUCUUCUGCAGUCGGGAGGAGCGCUCCAAGAGAGAUGCUUUUAGCAGCGGGUUUACCAGGACUUCGCGUCGCAUGCAGCUCAAUGGUGAAACGCUGGCUACGUGUCGUUUUGUAACACAGUCCGCACAAUUUGCUCAUCAGGGAAGCAGGCUACAUGCGCGAAUAGCAAAGAUAAGCCUCUUCAAUCGGGUGCUUGGAGAGAGAAGUGGAACACCAUCUCCCGCGGAACGCCGGGCACCUGUGCCGUUUAAUGGGGAGCCGUAAAUGAACUGAAAGGGGUUUCUGGUGGAGUUUCUCCCCUUUCCUUCACUGCGCCAAACGUAAACUCCAGUUAGGUAGCACACACACUCCAGCUGCCUUGGAGAGAGAGAAGAAAACAAGACGGAGGGAGGGCAGCCACACGAUGUCCUCAGCUCAGGGCAGGGAUAUAUCAGACUACCAUUUGAGCGUGGUGCGGGACCCGCCUGCCUGGGAGGUUGGGGUGUACAUCGCCGGGUUCCUGACACUUUUAGGGGUAGUGGGGAUCAACCUGUGGAAGCUGUGGAAGUCUGGGGCCUUCCCCGCACCCUCUCCAUUCCCCAACUACGACUACCGCUACCUGCAGCAGAAGUAUGGCACCUCCUACUCAGAAGUGAGGCAAAAGAGGGUUGUGGCCUCCAACCACCGGAGGGUGUCGUCUGUAAGCCGGAAGCCCAGCUUGCAACUGGGGGACACCCCGGAUGGUUUUCGCGAGCUGGGGACCCUGGAGCUGAUGAACAGGGACCUGGACCCCACGGGCGCCCUGCAGCUGAACCGGUCCGUGUCCACAGACUCGCUGAGCUCCAUUUCCUCUAUCGCCAACAACUUCGGCCACGACUUCACCGUGGGGCAGCUGGAGGUGACGCUGGAGUACGAGGCGCGCUCCAGCGUGCUCUUCAUCUCUCUCCUGCAGGGGAAGGACCUCCUGGAGAGGGAGGAGGGGGACUUCCCCGGCUGCUUCAUCCGCGUGACGCUGCUCCCCGAAGAAUUCAACGUGGGCGUGUCUAGGGUCCAGACGAACGCGUUCACGGUGCUGUUUGAUGAGCGGUUCUCCGUGCCCUUGGACCCAGCAGCCUUAGAGGAGGGCAGUCUGCGCUUUGUGGCAUUUGGCAUCGACUCGGACGAGAGGAACAUCAGUGCUGGGACAGCUGAGCUGAAGCUGUCCGACCUGGACCUCACCAUCAGACCUUUCAACGCCUGGCUUUACCUGCAGGACUUGAACAAGGCCGUGGAUGCUGUUGGGGAGAUCCUUCUGUCACUUAGUUACCUACCCACAGCCGAACGCCUCACUGUGGUUGUGGCCAAAGCAAAGAACCUGGUGUGGACCAAUGGCAAGACCACAGCAGAUCCAUUUGUCAAAGUAUACCUCCUCCAGGAUGGCAGGAAGAUCAGUAAGAAAAAGACCUCGAUGAAGAGAGAUGACCCGAACCCCAUUUUUAACGAAGCUAUGAUUUUCUCUGUGCCAGCCAUCGUCCUGCAGGAGCUCUCCCUGCGGGUCACUGUGGCAGAGUGCACUGACGACGGCCGGGGGGAUAACGUGGGUCACGUGAUCAUCGGUCCUGAGGCCAGCGGCAUGGGCAUUACCCACUGGAACCAGAUGAUGGCAACCCUGAGGAAGCCGGUCUCUAUGUGGCACCCGCUGCGUCGAAACUAGCCCAGCCCACAUCUCCCUGUCCCCUUCCCCAUAGUCACAGUUAUCUCUGCAUGGUGCCUAUUGUCUUACUAGUAUACGUCGAGGGAUUUGAGAGAGAAGAUAUGGAGUAAAAGAGCUUAUUUUUUCAGGAAACUGCUCUUUGUGUCUUUUGAAACCCAUUGUACAGUAUGUGUAUGGUGUUAUUAAAAAACAAAAAGAGUAUAAAUAUAUAGGCAAAGGUCCGAAAUGAGUUUUAUAUCAGAUCUUUAAACGUAUAUUGUAGAAAUUUAGGUACAGUAGCUUUUGGUAUGAGCGUGUCUUUGACUGGGAACAUGUCUGAUGUCCUGGGCUAAUUAAAAAUCCAGGUUCUCUUAUCCAGGUUUAUAAAUCUAUACUUCAGGCUGGCCAAAUCUCCACAAACACCCUCAAAGCAUGUGUAAUAUACAUGAUUAUGCUCUGAGUAAUAUUACAUGAUACAUCUUGUUGUAAGAAGUGUCAGUGAUUUUUUUUUCUUUGUCAGAAAUACCCAUACUGAGCAAAUUAACAUUCUUGGUUUUCCCUUACCACUAGACAAUAUUUAUUUAUUUAUUUAUUCAUUCAUUCUUUCUUUCUUCCCUUCAUUCAUUUACACAUCUUUUUGUGAAUUGCUCAUGUAAAGUUACUUAAACUCAUUACGUAUGACACCAGUUUUAUUUUUAUGUGCUAUUCAUUUUUUAUGAUCAAACUAUUUAUGCCCGGAGUAAUUAUUCUCAAAGUGCACUAGGAAAUCUAGCCUUGGAUUGUCUUUCUGCUGGAAGGGGUUUUUCCAUUUAGAGCCAUGACUGACACCAAUUUCCAUGCUGCCAAAUUUAAUUCAUUGACUGAAGAACCUUAAAAUAAAAUCUUAAGAUGUGGGGGUGUUAGGCUGUUUUACACAAGUAAACCUCUUGAAUGUCCCUCGAAUUAAAAAUCACUACACACUACAUGGGCAGGCAAUAAUAUGUUUUAUUUUUUGUUAUAGAACAAUGUUAAUUCAUGUCUUAAAACAUUGUCUAUUUGAUUUCUGCCUCCACUGACACUUUUACCACCCAAAGUGUCUUCAUACCCGGCGUCAGGAAAACUGCAUUGUUUGCAUUUUGGUAUCACUUUGCAAAUGUAGCAAGCAACGUAUCUGCAAUAUUCACUGAGGAAAGAAAAUGAUUUCAUUGCACAUUAGAAAAACACCAUAGGGUUCACAUAUCAUAUGAAUCGCAUUAGCCUACUAACCGAGUAAACGUUGAUUAUCGUAUUUAUUCUGCGUUCUGACCCAGUUAAGUGCUGUACCCGAAACACAGCUACAGUUAAAUCAUGCUGCGGCAUUUAUACGGAUACACCAGUGCAUCAACGUUUUAGAUUUUAUUGUGACUUACUAUGUGUUAUUCUGUGCCAAAUCUACCGUUAUUGAAGCAAUAUUUUCAUUUUCAGUGUGCAUUUACACAUUUUUGUGACUGAGAACUAAAACCAAUUUUACAAUGCAUGAUAUUUUACAGAUCUUUGAAAUUGAUGUGCCACCACGAAAAAAUAAGUCUUGUGUUCAAACAUUGUUUUAAAUAAAAAAUAAUGCUAUAUGA